AGCUGGAUAGUUAGUGUGCGGUCCCCGCCCGCACCGGUGUAGGAGAAGUCCUGUGUUGUUCCUCGCAGCGCCAUAGAGCUGGCUGUCGGUGUGACGGGAGAAGGCGGGGAAGGAGAAGAAGGGGUUUGGUCGGUACUGUGAGUGGAGGAAGGGCCUACGGUGGAGGAGACCUCCUGCUUCGUGUACACGGGGGGCUCUACUGAGGGGAGUUCAUCCGCUGAGGGGCCUGUGUGGUACCCCCGUCCUCCUCCUCCUCCUCCUCCUCCUUCAUCUCCAUCACCAUAGCGGCUGCCGCAGGGCGGAAGGUUGGUGUGUCAGGGCUGGACGAGGACACAAUGGCUCGGCCCAGGCCCCGGGACUACAAGGCGGGAGAGCUGGUCUUCGCCAAGAUGAAAGGUUACCCGCACUGGCCGGCCCGGAUUGAUGAACUACCGGAAGGAGCUGUGAAACCACCAGCAAAUAAAUUUCCAAUCUUCUUUUUUGGCACUCAUGAGACUGCAUUUUUGGGCCCAAAAGAUCUGUUCCCAUACAAGGAAUUUAAGGACAAGUUUGGGAAGUCAAACAAAAGGAAAGGAUUCAAUGAAGGAUUGUGGGAAAUAGAGAACAACCCCGGAGUAAAAUUUACUGGGUAUCAAAUGCAUCUGAAGGCAAUGCAGCAACAAAGCUCCUCAGAAACUGAAGGGGAAGGAGGCAAUGCUGCUGAUGGCAGCAGUGAAGAGGAAGAAGGAGAUCAGGUAGAAGAGGAUGGAAAAGGCAAGAGGAAGAAUGAGAAAGCAGUUUCCAAGCGGAAGAAGUCCUACUCAUCAAAGAAACCGUCAAAGCUUUCUCGGAAAUCUUCGGGAGAUGAGGGAGAAAAAGACAGUAAAGAUGAAGAAAAUAAGAGCGGAUCAGAAGCUGGUGAUGUGGACAAUGACAAGAGAAAUGCCUCAGAGGUGCAGAAAAGCAGCGCAGGGAAUGUUUAUGCAAGAGGGGCCCGUAAGAAAGGCACAGAUGCUAAAGAGAAAUAAUAAAUCUUAGUGGCACACAUGCAAGAUUUGACUUAAGAAAGUACAGAUUACCACGGGAAGCGGUCCAUAUUUUGCUGUACUCCACACAUUUAAUUGUUGCCAUCAAGAGAUUGUCAGUUUGUAUACAUAAUAUCAUGUUCUAUUUGUUGUGUUUGCUGGCAUAAAAAGAGUAUAAGCUCUGGGGGGCAGCCUAUCAUUUUACAUUAUUCUGUUGCAUGAAGUUGCCAUCCAAACAGAUUUCACAGCCUUCAAUGUGCGCACUUACUUUUCCAACCCUUCAAACAUUUAACUGCAGAUUUGUUUUUCAUACCAAUGGACUUGGUUUAUCUUUACUACAUUGACUGUAUGGCAAAGCAUCCAAUAUUUAUAAAGUGUCCACAUUAUAACAAGCUAAAGCAGUGAUUGCUGAUGCUCGGAUCACACAGUCUGAUAUGUGCUGAGCUUCAUUGCCCCUUUGUAAUCAUUUAAUAGCCUAAAAAUGCCUAAUGCCACAACUUCAGUCUGAAUAUCCAACAAAUGUCUCACUUGACUAGAAUAGAUUAGGAGAUUGCUCAGCCAGUUAAGACCACUUUCACACUGAGGCGCUUUUCACGCUAAAAAAAAGCACCUUAAAAGCUUACAAAAACGUAUUUCCAUUAAAAUCAAUGAAUGCUUUCACACUGGGGCAGUGCACUGACAGAGCAGUGAAAAAACACCCCU